AUAGGCAUAUCUGGUUUCCUUCUCAAAUCUUCGUUUUUCCAUUGCUACUCUUUGUCGCUCACAAUGUCCUCCUGAUCACACUUCCUUUUCAUGUCUCUCCCCACCAAACGCUCAUCCACAACCAGUAGUGACGCCACCUUUUCCCCCCCUCAGUUCCCCCCUAUGAAGAAGGCCAAGUCCCAAGCUCUCCCCCUCGACUCCAAAAACGGCCUCCACCACCAAGACUUCACCAGCACCACCAACAACAACGUCAUCCUUUUCGAUCCCUCCUCCGUGGCCCUCGACGAAGAUCUCAAGUCCGAUGAUUCCUCCGCCCCCUCUCGCUCUGUUGCCGCCAAUUUGUCCAGGAAAAAGGCCCAGCCGCCCCAGCCCACCAAGAAGCUCGUCAUCAAGCUCGUCAAAGCUAAACCAACACUUCCUGCAAAUUUUGAAGAGGAUACAUGGGCAAAGCUGAAGUCGGCUAUAUCUGCUAUAUUUUUAAAGCAACCAAAUCCUAUUGACUCAGAGAUACUUUAUCAGGCUGUUAAUGAUCUUUGUCUGCACAAAUUGGGGGGAAAUCUUUAUCAACGAAUUGAAAAGGAGUGUGAAUUGCACAUAUCUUCUGCGUUGAAAUCGUUGGUAGGCCAAAGCCCAGAUUUGGUGGUUUUCUUAUCACUUGUCGAGAGAUGCUGGCAGGAUCUUUGUGAUCAAAUGUUGUUAAUUCGCGGUAUAGCCUUGUAUCUGGAUAGAACAUAUGUGAAGCAAACACCUAAUGUACGAUCACUGUGGGACAUGGGAUUGCAGCUUUUUUGCAAACAUCUUUCAUGGUCUCCAGAAGUCAAGCACAAAACUGUCACUGGCCUUUUAAGAAUGAUUGAGCGGGAAAGAUUAGGUGAAGCAGUGGAUAGGACUCUUCUUAAUCAUCUUUUGAAGAUGUUUUCUGCUCUAGGAAUUUACAUGGAAAGCUUUGAGAAGCCAUUUCUUGAUUGUACAUCUGAGUUUUAUGCUGCUGAAGGCAUGAAAUACAUGCAGCAAUCAGAUGUGCCAGAUUAUUUGAAGCAUGUGGAGUCAAGGUUGCACGAGGAACAUGAAAGAUGUUUAAUAUACCUGGAUGCAAGUACAAGAAAGCCAUUAAUUGCAACUGCAGAGAAGCAGCUCCUUGAACGCCAUAUAUCUGCCAUUCUUGAUAAGGGGUUCACGAUGCUAAUGAAUGGGGACCGUAUCGAGGACCUCCGGAGGAUGUAUUCACUGUUUUCAAGGGUCAAUGCCCUUGAAUCACUAAGGCUAGCCCUUAGCUCUUACAUACGUGGAUCUGGGCAGGGUGUUGUCAUGGAUGAAGAGAAAGAAAAAGAUAUGGUUUCCUCCCUCUUAGAAUUUAAGGCCUUGCUUGACAAAAUAUGGGAUGAAAGCUUUUCCAAGAAUGAGGCAUUUUGCAACACCAUUAAGGAUGCAUUUGAGCAUCUUGUCAAUCUUCGUCAGAACCGACCCGCUGAGCUGAUUGCAAAGUUUCUAGACGAGAAGCUUCGUGCUGGGAACAAGGGUACUUCGGAAGAGGAAUUAGAGGGUACUCUUGAUAAAGUUUUGGUUCUAUUCAGAUUUAUCCAGGGCAAGGAUGUGUUUGAAGCAUUCUACAAGAAGGAUCUUGCGAAAAGGCUGCUUUUGGGAAAGAGUGCUUCUAUCGAUGCAGAGAAGUCCAUGAUCUCUAAGCUGAAGACCGAGUGUGGGAGCCAAUUUACGAACAAACUUGAAGGGAUGUUCAAAGACAUUGAAUUAUCAAAAGAGAUAAAUGAAUCCUUCAAACAAUCAUCCCAGGCCAGGACAAAACUCCCAUCUGGAAUUGAGAUGAGUGUGCAUGUUUUAACAACAGGGUACUGGCCAACGUAUCCACCCAUGGAUGUAAGACUUCCUCACGAAUUGAAUGUCUACCAGGACAUUUUCAAGGAGUUCUACCUGAGCAAGUACAGUGGGAGGCGCUUGAUGUGGCAAAACUCAUUAGGUCACAGUGUGUUAAAGGCUGAAUUUCCUAAAGGUAAAAAGGAACUGGCCGUGUCACUAUUUCAGACUGUUGUUUUGAUGCUCUUUAAUGAUGUGGAGAAGCUAACUUUUCAAGAUAUUAAGGACUCCACUGGGAUUGAGGAUAAGGAACUGAGGAGGACUAUGCAGUCCCUUGCAUGCGGAAAAGUUCGAGUCUUGCAAAAGUUGCCUAAGGGUAGAGAUGUGGAGGAUGAUGAUUCAUUUGUGUUCAAUGAUGGAUUCACGGCGCCUCUUUACCGAAUAAAGGUAAAUGCAAUCCAGAUGAAGGAAACGGUAGAGGAGAACACAAGCACCACUGAAAGAGUAUUUCAGGACCGUCAAUAUCAGGUUGAUGCCGCUAUUGUUCGAAUAAUGAAGACAAGGAAAGUGCUGAGUCACACACUUCUGAUAACUGAACUCUUCCAACAGCUCAAGUUUCCGAUAAAGCCGGCUGAUUUAAAGAAAAGAAUUGAAAGCCUCAUUGACAGGGAGUACCUGGAGCGUGACAAGAGCAACCCGCAGAUAUACAAUUACUUGGCGUAAUCCAUAUAUAUAUAUAUAUAUAUAUAUAUAUAUAGAUAGAUUUUAUGAUUUUAUCUUUGAAAAUGGCAGGGGAAACUUCUGCGAUCAGCAUAAGGGCAGAUGUUGAAUCCCCUUUUCUGGUCAGAUUAAUGUACAGUAACCCGUAGUUUUCAUUUUUGAUCCAGUCAACACCUUUAAAUUGUUAAGCAUAUAUGGUCGCUGUUUCGAAACUUCUCCUUCA